AUGGCGGCCGCAAGUGCUGGAACGACUCACAAGAGCGUCUUCUACGCCAUCAACCACCUCUUUCUGCCGCCGGUGCUUCCGCACAAGCAUGACUCCUCCCAGCCUCGUGUUCAAUGGCUUGUGAGCUUUGCGAUUGAGGCUCUCCAGACCUACGCGGCUCGCUCACAAGGUCAUCACAAGGCCAUCACCAAGGUGGCCACGGACACGAUCACCAGCUUUGUCGAGUUGCACACUAUCGGCGACAGUCAAAUCUCUGUACAGGCUGAGUUACUUGCUGCGAAGCUUCAAGAUCUCUGCACAACAGUCACAGAGUACCUCUCCUCCAUCCUGCACGCCCUGGGCUCAACGAUCGAGGUGCAGGCCAUCAAGAAGAGUAUGCGGGAGGAGAUCAUGUAUUCGUCCUGCCGCCUCCCUUGGACUCGGUCGCAGACGUGGCUCUUACUUCGCGUUGGUCUCCACUUGACCACGUCGAGGCUGGAAGCCGAGCUCGACGCAAGCACUGAAAGUCCUAGAGCCCCCAUGUACAAGGAGUUCAUUGCGUACCUCAUGGCCACACUGCUUCAGGAAGCAUAUAAACACAAUGUCGAAAGCGACCUUCUCUCAGUCAUGACCUCGAAGGUCAGCCGGCGCUUCCGCAAGUUGGGCAUCAUUGCAAGCAGCUGGCUUCGAGAGCCUCGAUUUCCACAAGGACGCCUUUGCCUCCAUCCCGAAACAUACCUCAAGACAAUCACCCAGCUCGACAUGCAAGAGCUGACGGCCACCUUUGCACUCAGAUCCAGCCUGCACGAGCUUGAUCCUGAUGAGCUGCCCUAUGUCCAGGUUGAUGUGGACGACUACCGUUCCUUCCAUCUGGCAGGCCUCGAGAGCUGGGUUGAACAUUCGCUCGACAGGUGGCUCGAACACAACACCUCGACUUCAUCUACUUGCAGGAGCAUCUGGACCGUGCUGUACAAGUACCACUCAGCUGCACACGCAGCGUAUCAGAGCAAUCCCGAAGCAUUCUCCCUCAUGAUCCUGACCUGCCUCGAGUUGUGGAUUGCUUGCAACAAGUCAGCACUGACGAUCUGUCUUGAGCUCGGCAAGUACCAUGAUUCGAGCGUGCAGCCUAACUUAAUCCGCGACCUGCUUCAGAGUUUACUCCUCCCGCGCAAGUCUCAGCUCGACAGGCUGAAUCGGGUCGAGGAGUACCUCAACCCGUGUUCGAAAAACCGGAGAGCAGUCACGCUCUCGAUCUUCGACAGCUUUGGCAAAAGCAACAAUUUCUAUGUGAUGUAUUUCGAAUCAUCACAGCAGCAACAGGAGUUGUACGAUCGCAUAUACAGCCAAGCCGGACAGGCUCGCGAGCAGAAGAAGAUCGAGCUGGCCAUGAAGAAGAAGAAGCACGAGAACCUCAAAUGUGAGGCCAACGGCAUGUGUUGCGACUACUAUGACGUGUUUCGCGGUAAAUACCACUCUACCGAGCACGAUCAAUGGAGCUGCAGGAAGUGCCGUGUCGUGAGGGAGUAUCAGGCAAUGGAGAUUGAGGUGCACGAGUGGCCGCUCCCAAAGAACACCGCGGAGGCACGGAAUGCCGUCUUCGAACUGGCACCUCCAGAGUGGUUCCCAGCCUGCCCGCACACUGGCGUCUUCACCAGUAGUGUGGCGUUGACGGAUAUUAUCGCACAACAGUGCAUGCUGAAACUGCCCUCCAAGGACUCCACGAUGCAACGCUUCCUCUACAGCCCCGCCAGUGAUCCCAGCGGGCCGCCACCCAACGCCGUCAUUGCAGCCCAGCAUGACUGCCCUCAGCACAUGACGCUGGCUGAGUUUAGAGAGUUGUGUGUGUUGCCAUUGGGCUUCAAGCUGCAGUGGCAGAACAUUCUUCGCCAGCUUCAGGCACCGUCGGUCGACUUCAACCAGGCAUCUACGUUCAUCUUUCACGCGCAGUGCAUAAACCAGGUAGGCCCGGCAGAUUCCGGCAACGUUCUCCGAGCAUCCCACGCCAUCUUCGCCGACCACAACUUCUCGCAAGAGCUUCUAGAUGGUGUGGUCAUUGCCCCCUCGCGACUUGCAGAAUCGUGGCAGUCCGCCGAAGCUCUCCGCACAUUUAUCCUCAUCGCCACUCGCGCUCUCCGGCUAAUAACAGGUACUGGAAUCAUUCACAUGUACCUAGACUUCCUGGCAUCUGCGAGCAGCACAGUCCUCGGCUGGGCAGUCUCUCUAAGGGACAAGGCUCGAUUGAGUGAUGCCGCACAGACGCGGGAUGACCUUCGGCGCCGCGCGGCAAGAUGCGCGCUCAUCUGCUCACUGUCCUUCGACGUUGAGGACGAUCACCUGCCGUCAGCCCUCCAGACCCGACUUGCUGCUUCUGAGUUCCUACAGUGCUCUAUGAUCGCUCGCGAAGGCAUCGAUAGCGAGAAUAGCUCCAACUCUAGUGAUACUCUUUUCUGGCAAUGGCAGCGAAUCAGUCAUCGCGCCUUACCCAUCCUCUCACGCUUCAUCACACGCGGUAGUCGUGCCCUGGAUGAUGCCAUCAGUAGCUCCUGGUCUGGCCACACUUCGCAGCAGACUUGGUUAGCCGUGUCGGGUCAGUUUCUGGAGUGGCUGGUUGGCACGGCUUGCGAGAUAAACUCUCCCAUCGUACGCUUCAACCUGCUCACGGGUGAACUUCUCGUCAACGGCUUGCCUCUGAACCGGCUCCCUUCAGAGUACGAGAGCCACAAGAUUUACAAGACUCUAUUUGGCAGCUCCAUCAUCGAUGUCAUGCCAGGCAACGUUCCAGGCUUUCCGUUCUCCACAAAUGUUCCUUUUGCUAGCCACGAUGUGCAGUUUGCUCUGAUUUCCUCUGAGCUCUUCGUUCGGGCGACAAAGGAUUACCACACGUUCCACUACGUACCGAGUAGACUCCUCCGCGGCUGUUUUCCGGAUGCCUUCGUCGACGACUACGUCCAUUUCUAUGACGAAACGACCCAGACUGUGAGCCUGCGCCUGCUCAGCCACCCCUGGGCUGCACCAUGUAUCCCAUGGACUCUUUCGCGUGGUGCUGCUGGUGAUCGUUGGCAGCUGCGCAAGGAUAACGUGACCGUCAUCAGUCUCAGCACGCGGACUUCAAAGGUCAUGGCCGAGAUCCUGGGCACCCUCACAGACGAGGCGCGCAUCCACUGCUUGGCCUCAGCCAACCACAAGCGGAUCGACAUCGAGCUGCCGGGACUUCGUUCUCACUUCUAUCUCGAGACAGGAGACACUGCUGUCACAAGCAGAGACUUCCGCGGCAUGAUCAUCGACGAAAAUCAAAAUGCUGGUACUCUUAUCGGCCUGUUCAACAAGCUUGUCCUUAAAAAUCCAUCUUCGCUGGCCCAUCGGAUCGUCCUGGUGCCAAACGGCCCCACCAGGGCGGAGAAGACAUCAACCCACGUAUCUGUGCAGGUCAGCAAGACCUCAAGCACAGGCCUCUACGCAUAUCGCGUUGACACUCUUCUUGGACGACUCGUGGACAGUGGCGACCUGCAGAGCAAGCUCUUCCUGUCUCACCUUCACUGUCUGACGGCUUUCUGCCUUCCAGACCAGCUCACCUCGCGGACAGGUACAGAGGAGGCCCUGCGUAUCCUGCGAACUGCUGCCGUACAGGUCCUGCUCAACCAAACCAUGGACAACAAAUUUUUCCAUGAAGGGCAUCCAGAGACCGAUUCAUCGAGCCUCUUUUCCGGUACCAAUACCAAGCUCCUAGCGCGUCACAAGAUCCGCGUGUCACAGUCCCGUGUUUCGACCUAUGGCGCUGAAGACCACAGCACUGAUUACGACAUCGUCUACAAGGCACGGGACGUGGACCGACGAAACACGGCCACUGCAACAGCGGCAUACGUCGUUGCCGAGACGCUACAGUGUAGUAGGGUCGACUCCCAUGUGGCCAUUGCUAGUAAUCUGCCAGCGCGCAUCUGGAGCUUUUUGGGGAAAUGCCCAGUCUCCAACUUCUCGGCAGAUUUUGGCAUGCACAAGCUCUCCUACGAUGCGAAGUGGUUCAUGCCUUGGGAUCAGGACACUGGAACGCACGUUUUCAUUGCGGAAAACUGGCUCAGGCUUCACCACCUGCUCAGCCAGCCCGGCAACCAGGAGAAGCGUCUCACACUCACGACCUGGUUAGCAGCGAUCGCAUGUGCCGAGCACGUGGAUAAGGACAUCUUGCACGUCCUGACCACAUUCUUCACAUCUUCGGGUAAGAUGAGCCAGGUCGACCUUCCUUCUUCGGCCACACAGUUCGCCCUGAAUCGCGGCCACGGGUUUCAGCGCGAUCUGAUUCUCAAUAUCGUGCGCCAGCAUAAACGAGACUUUGAUCCGAGCACCGACAUCAUCGAGACGCGCGAGAAGAAAGAGUCGCUCCAGGCGUUUCGCAAUCGCGGUCGCACAUCGUGGCACAGCCGCGCCGAGACAGCCGCGCAGGUUCUCGUCGCGCACUUCGGUCAGCAGUGGCCGUGUGCCGUGCCGGUGGGGCCUACCGGCCCUGUCCGCGACGAGGCGACGAAGUAUUUCUGCAUGAAGAAGGGCAUCACGUCCCAGGUUCUUGCCAUGUUCCGCGCGUGGUUCGAGAACCUGCAAUUCUUCAAGUAUCUCCAGCAUACCUGCGCCAUGGUGUCUCGCGACAAGUGUACUAUCGUCCAGCCGAUUCACCGACCGCUGGUACUCCUGCCAGCUGUUCCUGGUGUCAGCCGAGGGUAUAUAUCUGUCGCAGACCUGUUCGACCAAGCUGCUCCAUCGGAAUCUGCGUCAGCACCCGCCAGCUUGCCUCAGAUGCUGAGCUCAUCAUCCAGCGUCAAUGAUGGCGUUGAGGCUUAUGCGCAUUCACGCGUCAAGGAGCUGGCCAGGUCUUUGAAGACAAUGGCCAAGUCAACAUACGAGAACAACUACGUAGCCAGUAUGGAUGCUAGUCGCGCCGCGCUUAAAAGGGGGCAGUUCGCUUCCAAAAUGCUCGUUGUUGACCAUUCACAGUUGAGACACAACCUAGCGUGCUACUUGGCAUCAUGUCAGGACCAUGUCGAGUUGAUUCAUGAGAACAUACGCAAUCUCAUGACUAGCGAUGUGGCAGAUAUCUACCAGCUGCCCCGGAUCUCCCCGAUGCUCCUUCUGGAGCAGCUCAACCGCAGCAACUGGGUUCGCUUGGGCGAUGACUGGAAGAGGGUUCUCAUAGAGUAUGCAGUGGCCUUGACAAGACUUCAACGAGCGCAGAGACUUGUCGACGCUCGAGGAACUGCGUUGAUGAAAGAGCUCCAGAACGACGGCCACACCAAUUGGGAUCCAGCCAGACACCCUGAGUGGCUGCUUCUUGAGAUUGAGGGCGCGCUUCUCAUCCGCGAUGUCCAGGUUGAUAUCGCCACUCACAUGCAGAGCCCUGCCCACGGCAAGAACGCCGUCAUGCAGCUCAACAUGGGCGAGGGCAAGUCGUGCGUCAUCGUGCCAAUGCUUGUUACCUCGCUCGCAGACGGCAACAAGCUGAUGCGUGUGAUCGUGGCCAAGCCUCAGAGCAAACAGAUGGUUCACAUGCCCAUCUCAAAACUCGGCGGCCUCGUCAAUCGCCAGGUCUUUCACCUCCCAUUCUCAAGAGCGAUCAAGGUUGGCGAGGCAGAGAUUGCCGCCAUCGACAAACUCUUGACUCGCUGCCGUGUCGAGGGUGGCGUACUUCUUGUGCAGCCUGAGCACAUCUUGUCCUUCCAACUCAUGGGCAUCGAGCACAAGAUCAGUCAGAAGAACGACACUGCUGAUCGUCUCUUGCAAUUGCACGAAUAUAUGCGCAGUCACAGUCGCGACGUGGCCGACGAGAGUGAUGAGAACUUUAGCCCCAAGUUUGAGCUUGUCUACUCACUCGGUCUGCAGCAGCCCAUCGACCACAGCCCCGAGCGCUGGGCCUGCAUUCAGGAGUUGCUUGACUUGGUCCGCAAAUGCCUGCCCAAGAUCCAACACGACUUCCCUCAUGGCGUGGAGAUCCGGCCGGGAUCUGAAGGCUGCUUUCCCCGCGCGCGGUUGAUCGAGCCGAAAGCUACAGACAAGCUGCUCGACAUGCUUGCAGAUCAGGUGUGCCAAUACGGCGUCAAGGGUUUCCCCAUUGCCCAGGCCACUCCAAGUCUCCGCGGCCCUAUCCGCGAGUACAUCAGAAACUGUAAGGCAUCUGCGGACAUCAUUGCUCGUGUGGAGCAGGAUUCUCCCACAGGGUUCUGGGCAGAGACUACCAAGAAUACCCUGCUCCUGCUCCGCGGCCUAAUUGCGAACGGCAUUCUUGCUUUCGCAUUCGGCACAAGCGCUGGAGGACUGGCCGUGCCAUAUCGCGCGAAGGACCACCCUUCUGCCCGGUCCGAAUUCAGCCACCCCGACGUUGUGAUUGUCUUGACGUCGUUGAGCUACUACUACCAAGGCUUGAACGACGACCAGCUCAGCAACGCUCUAUGCCACCUCGACCGCUCCGACCAGCGCGCUGACGAGUACGCAACCUGGAUCAAGGACGCAAAUGGGCUGCCCAAUGCUCUGCUACAUCUUGGCGGCGUGAACCUGGAGGACCGGGACCUUUGUGUCAACAAGCUCUUCCCGUGCUUCCGGCACUCCAAGGCUGCGGUCGACUACUUCCUCGCCCACGUCGUCUUCACCAAGGAGAUGAAAGAGUUCCCGCACCGGCUAUCGGCCUCUGGUUGGGACAUCGGCGAGCAGAAGAUUCAUCCGACCACUGGCUUCAGCGGCACUGACGAUGCGCAGAUUGUGCUUCCGCUGAGUGUCACGCAGACGGCCCUUCCGGCGCAGGCUCACACCAAUGCUCUUGUCCUGCAGCACCUGCUCCAGCCCGAGACGGCUGUGAAGCUGAUGCCUUUUCUGCACUCAGCAGCUGGGGCCGCCCAGUCCACGCCCAGUACCAACGCAGAGCAACUUCUCGACAUGGUCGUUGCGAUGACACCACCUGUGCGCGUGAUUCUCGAUGUCGGAGCACAGAUCAUUGAGUUGGACAAUCUGGGCGUUGCCAAGAAGUGGCUGCACCUGCUGGCUCACGACAGCGGCACAGAGGCGGCUGUCUUUGUCGACAAGAACGACAACAUCUGCGUGGUCGACCGCAAGGGCCGCGUCGAGCCGCUGCAUACGUCGCCAUACUGCACGCAGCUCAGCCUGUGCGUAGUGUUUCUCGAUGACGCACACACCCGCGGCACCGAUCUGAAGCUGCCCGAGGACUAUCGUGCUGCAGCCACGCUAGGUGCAAAUCUGGUCAAGGAUAGGCUUGUUCAGGCUUGUAUGCGCAUGCGCGAGCUGGGAAGAGGCCAGUCUGUCGUCUUCUGUGUCCCCGACGAGAUCCACCGCAAGAUCAAUCGCCUCAUGAGCCGCAGCCACCUCACGCAGGAAGUCUCUGUCUCCGACGUCCUGGCUUGGGCCAUCUGCGAGACAUGGCAUGAUGCGCGGCGCAACACGGCGCUUUGGGCAAGCCAAGGCAAGCGGUACGAGUUUCACAGCCAGCUGUGGGCGCAGGCCCGGGUCGGAAGUUCAGGUACUGCUGCCGCUGGGGGGCAGCUGGAUUUCUCGCACGACCUGGCGAAGAACUUCCUCGAGGAUGAGGCGCAGCUCAUCGAGACACGAUAUCGACCAGUCUCGCAGCGCCCGCCGAAGGCUCAAGCUGACCUCAGUCAGACUCAGCGCCUCAUCGCCCAGCGCUGCCAGGACCUCGACGCAAUUGGUCCAUCCUCUGCAAUCCUCCAAGAGGAACAAGAACGCGAGCUCGCACCCGAAAUCGAGGAGGAGCGACAGCUGGAGCGACCGGACAAGGCGGAGCCCCGGGAUCAUUCGAUCCAUCCACAGGUACAGGCAUUUGUCCAGACCGGCACCAUCCCAUCCAACAGCAAGGCAUUCGUGCCUGUCUACCAGUCCCUCGCGGACUCUUCGGGCGGCAAGUAUCUCGCCAAGUUGGCCCAUCGCCCGGUCCUGCUGUACUGCACGCGCGACUUUCAGGCCACAAUCAAGCCGCCAACUGUCGGCUACGUGUCAGACUCGUACCAGCGACCAGUGCAGUGGAUCCUGACCAGCUUGAAGCCGCCAGAGGGAGCUGAAAAGCGGAAGCUCAAGCACAUGGUUAUUAUCAGCCCGUACGAGGCGCAGCAUCUCAUGGAUGGGAUCAAGCAGUCCCGCACCGUGACGCUGCGCCUGUAUGCACCAUUGCUCAAUGAAGGAUUCCGCAGCCUCGACAGGCUUGAUUUGUACACCGUCCCUUCGCCGCCGUUGACGUCGCAGGCGGCUGCUGCUUCUGCGUCCACGGGCCUCUUGCUGGAUGUCCCUACGGAUGUGAUCCUCGAGCUUGAUCUAUUUGCCGGUCAGUUGUACUUCAAGACAUUUGCAGAGUUUGAGGCCCUCCGGGAAUACCUGCGCGCCCGGCCCUCGUCUUCGUCCAACAGCGAGGCCGGCAGCAGUGAAGCGCGCGUGCUGGAUGAUAACCUGGUGGGAUUGCUCAAUGUCAUCAUGAUGAAGAUGAGACGCGAGUGUGAAACCAUUGACAAAACUCACACGGGCAAGGCGUUGGACGGCCGGCGGAUCGCAGAGGAGGACUUCAAGGAGUGAUUCGCGCAGAUUGAGCGUCUGUCGACCACGCAAGAUGAAUUAUAGAAGAUGGG